ACCCGGAAGUAGGCGCCGGUCGGCGGUCUCGUCUAGGGGGCCAUGGCGGCAGCAGCGGCUGCAGCCGAGGGGUCCCCAAAUCGGGGGCCUCCAGGGGAGGUGAUUCAUUUGAACGUGGGGGGCAAGAGAUUCAGUACCUCCCGCCAGACUCUUACCUGGAUUCCAGACUCCUUCUUCUCCAGUCUUCUAAGCGGACGCAUCUCUACGCUGAAAGAUGAGACCGGAGCGAUCUUCAUCGACCGGGACCCUACCGUUUUUGCCCCCAUCCUCAACUUCCUGCGUACCAAAGAGCUGGACCCCAGGGGUGUCCACGGUUCCAGCCUCCUGCAUGAAGCCCAGUUCUAUGGGCUCACUCCUCUGGUUCGUCGCCUGCAGCUUCGAGAAGAACUGGAUCAUUCAUCUUGUGGAAAUGUCCUUUUCAAUGGUUACCUACCCCCACCAGUGUUCCCCUUGAAGCGGAGGAUACGGCACAGCCUGGUGGGACCCCAGCAUGCAGGAGGGCGCCCGGCACCUGUUCGACGGAGCAACACGAUGCCCCCCAACUUGGGCAAUGCGGGGCUGCUGGGCCGCAUGCUGGAGGAGAAAGCUCCUCCACCCUCGGGGCUACCUGAGGAGCCAGGCAUGGUCCGCUUGGUGUGCGGACACCACAACUGGAUCGCCGUGGCCUACGCCCAGUUUCUUGUCUGCUACAGGCUGAAGGAAGCAUCUGGCUGGCAGCUGGUCUUCUCCAGCCCUCGCCUGGAGUGGCCCAUUGAGAGGCUGGCACUCACGGCCCGAGUGCCUGGUGGGGCUUUGGGGGAGCAUGACAAGAUGGUGGCAGCUGCCACAGGUAGCGAGAUCCUCCUGUGGGCACUGCAGGCGGAGGGUGGCGGCUCCGAGAUAGGAGUCUUCCAUCUGGGGGUGCCCGUGGAAGCCUUGUUCUUUGUUGGGAACCAGCUCAUCGCCACAAGUCACACAGGACGCAUUGGGGUAUGGAACGCCGUCACCAAACACUGGCAGGUCCAGGAGGUCCAGCCCAUCACCAGUUAUGACGCCGCAGGCUCCUUCCUCCUCCUGGGCUGUAACAAUGGCUCCAUCUACUAUGUAGAUGUGCAGAAGUUCCCCCUCCGUAUGAAGGACAAUGACCUCCUGGUCAGUGAGCUCUACCGGGACCCAGCAGAGGACGGGGUCACUGCCCUCAGUGUCUACCUCACCCCUAAGACCAGUGACAGUGGAAACUGGAUUGAGAUUGCCUAUGGCACGAGCUCAGGGGGCGUACGUGUCAUUGUGCAGCACCCAGAGACCGUGGGCUCAGGACCACAGCUCUUCCAGACCUUCACGGUGCACCGCAGCCCCGUCACCAAGAUCAUGCUGUCUGAGAAGCACCUCAUCUCAGUCUGUGCUGACAACAACCACGUGCGGACGUGGUCUGUGACACGCUUCCGGGGCAUGAUUUCCACUCAGCCUGGCUCCACCCCCCUCGCGUCCUUCAAGAUCCUGGCACUGGAGUCAGCUGACGGGCAUGGCGGCUGCAGUGCUGGCAAUGACAUUGGCCCCUAUGGUGAGCGGGACGAACAGCAAGUGUUCAUUCAGAAGGUGGUGCCCAGCGCCAGUCAACUCUUUGUGCGCCUCUCGUCCACGGGUCAGCGGGUGUGCUCCGUGCGUUCUGUGGAUGGCUCGCCCACCACUGCCUUCACUGUACUCGAGUGUGAGGCCUCCCGGCGGCUCGGCUCCAGGCCUCGGCGUUACCUGCUCACUGGCCAGGCCAACGGCAGCCUGGCCAUGUGGGACCUGACCACUGCAAUGGACGGCCUUGGCCAGGCCCCUGCAGGUGGCCUGACAGAGGAAGAACUGAUGGAGCAGCUGGAGCAGUGUGAGGUGACCCCACUGGGUUCCUCAAGGAGUUCUCUUCCCAGCCCCUUGCCCCGAACCUCACUCACCAGUCUUUACUCAGCUCCCAGCAGCUCCUCCUUCUCUGGGCACCGUGAGAGUCCAAGCCCCCAGACUGAGGUCCGGCGCCGAGGAGGGGGCAGCUUUGUGGAACGCUGCCAGGAACUGGUAGAGAAUGGGCCAGAGCCCCGACGGCCGCCAACACCUGCCCCUCGACCCUCCACGGGCCUCGGUGCUCCCCUCAUACCACCCAAGGUGAAGCUCAAUGAAACAUCCUUCUGAAGACAGCUACCUUUGUGCCUUUUGUACCCUGGUCCUGGUGUACUCAGGUGCCUCCUACUUCCUGUCAGACCCCUGAGUUCAGGGCCAGGGCCUCAUUGGAGUAGUCACUGUUACUAAACCCUCACCUUUACCCUUUUCUGGAAGCCAAAGUCACCCUCUUUCCAAUAAAGUUCUCACUACCAACA